UAUUAGCAGCAAAUAGAAAAGCCGACGCACUCGUGUGCUUUUGUUGCCUCCCAAAUUUUGUCAUCAUUCUCUGAAAUUCCAUCAAAAAUCCAAUCUUUCCAUCCAUCAUUUAAAAUGCCCAUUUCUUCCCCGAAUUCAGCCGCCAAAAUUCGCCUCCCGCGCCCACUGCUUCCUCCCUACAGAAAUUCUCCUUCAAUUCUCCAUCAACACCUCCUUCCCAAGCUACAAAUCCACCCCUUUCCCCGCCUCCGCUGCGGCCACACGCUCAAUUCCGCCACGGCCCAGAAUUGCAACGUGGAAUUCGAGUCCAUGGACUUGGAGAAAUACGCGCGGGAGCUGGAGGUGGCAGUCAAGGCAGUGCACAUGGCGUCUUUGCUCUGCCGCAGAGUUCAACAGACCUUGAUUUUCCAAAGCAAUGUCAAUGUUCAGUCUAAAGACGACGAUUCUCCGGUCACUGUCGCCGAUUGGAGUGUUCAAGCAACCGUGAGCUGGGUGUUGUCUGAGGCAUUUGGGAGUGAAAACGUAUCCAUUGUAGCUGAAGAAGACGUUGAAACACUGUCGAGGUGUGAUUCUGUUGGCUUACUAGAUGCUGUUGCAAAAACUGUUAACGACAGCCUAGCUGAGGCGCCUAGUUUUGGGAUUCGACCACCGGCUGCUCCUCUAAACACAUCUGAGGUUCUUGAGGCCAUCAGUAGGUGCAACUCGCCUGGCGGGCCCACAGGGAGAUUCUGGGUUCUGGACCCUGUUGACGGUACGUUAGGUUUUGUACGUGGCGAUCAGUAUGCAAUUGCUCUUGCCUUGAUAGAGGAUGGUGAGCCUGUGCUUGGGGUUCUCGGGUGCCCUAAUUACCCGAUGAAGAAAGAAUGGCUGAGUUACCAAAACGGCUACCAAAGAAUCGUAUCUAGAUUGGCGUCGCCAUCAUCAACGUCGUGGGAUAGAGGAUGUGUGAUUUAUGCAAAGAAAGAGAGUGGUGGAGCCUGGAUGCAGCCAUUGCUUGAGAAAGAGAAGAAGUUUGUCUGGCCAAACUCUGCAAGAGAGAUCAAAGUCUCGACCAUCAACAACCCGGCACUGGCCACGUUCUGUGAGCCCGUUGAGAAAGCAAAUUCGAGUCAUUCCUUCACCGCAGGGCUAGCUCAUAGUGUUGGGCUCAGGAACGAGCCACUACGGGUGUACUCUAUGGUGAAGUACGCAGCCAUAGCACGAGGAGACGCUGAGAUAUUCAUGAAGUUCGCUCGAGCUGGUUACAAGGAGAAGAUAUGGGACCACGCAGCCGGUGUCGUCAUCAUUCAAGAAGCCGGCGGGGUCGUGACGGACGCCGGAGGCCAUCCUCUUUGCUUCUCGAGAGGGAUGUACUUAGAAGGUCUUGAUCGUGGCAUAAUUGCUUCUUCUGGAGCUACAUUACAUGAGAAGAUUAUCAGAGCUGUUGAUGCUAGCUGGAACUCUUCUAGUCUUUAAUUCCACACUACAUAUCCAUUAUUAUUCAAGGCAUACUAUACAUACAGACCUAAUAUAUAUAAAUAUUGUUAAAAGUACUCUCUCUCUCUCUCUCAUUUAAGAAUAAUUCAGUACUGUAAAUUUGUGGUCUACGAACUAGUUGUGUA